UUUUCUUUUUCUAGCAACUACAUCCACAAUCAUACUAGUGAGGAUCCUAUAUUUGAACUUGGUUUUUGUUUGCUUACAUCUAAAAUUUAAUGCAAAAUUUUUUUUUUUUUUAAUACAACAUAAAAGAAUGAAUCAUCUAACUUGAGAUCGUCUUUGCAAUUCGCGAACCACCACGAAGAAAUCGUUGUUUGUACACGAUUUAAUAGAAGUGGCGGCAACCUUGAAGAUAAUCGAGUUCGAGCUUCGACUCACUCUGCAACUCCGCAGCAGAGCAGGACCUCCUCCUGCAAGCUAGGGGAUUUCUCCGCGUCUCUGAAGCUCUCGUUCCACUCUUUCCUCAAUCUGGAAAUGGAAGCACUACCAUCAUCAUCAUCGCCAUCAUCAUUCCCAGGGUGCAAUCUAGGGCUUUUAGACACCGUCGACGACGGCUCCAUCUCAGAAAUUCUCGAGAGCUGGGCCGCUUUUUGCGGCGGCACGGAGACUCUCGUUAGCGGCAACGGUGACCUUGCUGUCGGAUCAGAGUUUGUUUCUUAUAUCCACACUCUCUGCAAGUAUGGUCUGGGGACUCUAGUUCAAGAUCACUUUCUUCGUUCACUGGAGGAAGCAUUUGAGAAAAAUGGCGCAUCAAAGUUUUGGCGGCAUUUUGAUGCUCUCAGCGAUGUUGCAGUUCUAGAAAAUAAUAAACCCCUCGUCCCAAAUCAUGGUGUUCAGCAAGUAUUAUGUAAGGCAUUGGAAGAGAUAUCUUUGGAAAAACAGUAUCAGGAGAAUUGUUUGUUGAUGCUAAUUCAUGCUUUACAGUCAUGCAAAGAUGGGAUAUCAGAGGGAAGACACAAUUUAGAAGCUAAAAGAGUCUUCCCGUUGUCCAAAUACCAAUUUAUAGUGUCUUCAGUACUCAUGGCGGGUCUUCCUCGGCAUUUUCCCGAGAUACUGCAUUGGUAUUUCAAGGAGAGGUUAGAAGAGUUGAGCACAAUCAUGGCUGCUGAGUGUGAAGAUGAUAGUGAGGCCCAAGUCAGAGAUGACAUGGAUCUAGAUGAGAGAAACAAACUCUCUUGCAGAACUGCUGAAAUGGAUAUUGAUGAUGGCUGUUGCCAGCGGAAAUUUACAGAGAAUAACAGUUUGGUGAAGAACAUUGGAAAGGUUGUUCGUGAUCUUAGAAGUCUUGGAUUUACAUCUAUGGCUGAAGAUGCAUAUGCUUCUGCUAUUUUUUUGCUUUUGAAGGCCAAAGUUCAUGAUUUGGCUGGUGAUGAUUACAGAAGUUCUGUUUUAGAGUCCAUUAAAGAGUGGAUACAGGCUGUGCCUCUCCAAUUCUUCUAUGCUCUCCUUGCUUAUCUAGGCGAGUCUGUCAGUUGUGACAGCCCCUCUUUGGGCCUCAAAUCACCUUUAGCCUCACGCCCAUCUUCAUGCUAUCCUGGAGUUGAUGCUCCUUCUGAAGGACUUAUUCGAUGGCAGUUGCGGCUGGAGUAUUUUGCUUAUGAAACAUUGCAAGAUUUAAGGAUAGCCAAACUUUUUGAGAUUGUUGUGGAUUAUCCUGACAGCUCUCCUGCAAUUGAGGACUUAAAACAGUGUCUUGAAUAUACUGGUCAACAUUCAAAGCUGGUUGAUUCAUUUAUCUCUGCACUACGGUAUCGAUUGCUUACGGCAGGUGCCUCAACCAAUGAUAUAUUGCACCAAUAUGUUUCAACUAUUAAAGCACUUCGGACUAUAGACCCAGCAGGCGUUUUUCUUGAGGCAGUUGGUGAACCGAUAAGGGAUUAUUUAAGAGGAAGAAAAGAUACUGUAAAAUGCAUUGUGACCAUGCUUACAGAUGGUACUGGUGGGAAUCCUAAUGGACCUGGGAAUACUGGGGAUAGCCUUCUUGAAGAAUUAAAUAGAGAUGAAGAAAAUCAAGAGAAUGGUGGUGUUGAUGAUGACAUAAACAUUGAUGACAAGCAAGCAUGGAUCAAUGCUGAACGCUGGGAGCCUGAUCCUGCUGAAGCUGACCCAUUAAAGGGUAGUGGAACUCGAAGGAAGGUUGACAUACUGGGGAUGAUUGUCAGCAUAAUUGGCUCAAAAGAUCAGCUGGUGAAUGAAUAUCGUGUUAUGUUGGCUGAAAAACUUCUGAACAAAUCUGAUUAUGACAUUGACACAGAGAUACGUACCAUAGAACUCCUUAAGAUACAUUUUGGUGAAAGCAGCAUGCAGAAGUGUGAAAUUAUGCUCAAUGAUCUGAUUGAUUCCAAGAGGACGAACACUAAUAUAAAAGCAACAAUAAGCCAAAAGCCUCAAUCAGGUGUUGACCAAGGAGAGACUGGGGUGUCUCUGGAUAUUCUUGAUGCUACUAUCUUAUCUUCAAAUUUUUGGCCACCAAUACAGGAUGAGGACCUUAACAUAACUGGGCCUGUGGACAACCUGCUUUCUGACUAUGCAAGAAGGUUUAAUGAAAUUAAAACCCCUCGUAAGCUCCUAUGGAAGAAAAAUCUCGGUACUGUCAAGUUGGAGUUGCAAUUUGAAGAUAGAUCAGUGCAGUUCACAGUGGCUCCUGUGCAUGCAGCAAUUAUUAUGCAGUUUCAAGAUCAAAAAAGUUGGACCUCCCAAAAUCUUGCAUCUGCUGUUGGGGUACCCGUGGACACACUCAACCGUAGGAUAAAUUUCUGGAUAAGCAAGGGAAUUGUUGCAGAAUCACUUGGGGCAGAUUCCAGUAACCACAUAUUCACCCUUGUGGAUGGCAUGAUUGAUGCUAACAAAAAUGUUGCUAAUGACGCAAGCUGUGAGGAGCUACUGGCAGGUGAUGAGGAAAGAGAGAGAUCUGUAGCCUCUGUUGAGGAUCAAUUACAUAAAGAGAUGACUGUAUAUGAGAAAUUUAUCUUGGGGAUGCUUACCAAUUAUGGAAGCAUGGCAUUGAAAAAGAUUCAUAACACUCUCAAGAUUUAUUGUGUGGCGGAUCCUACUUAUGACAAAUCACUCCAACAGCUGCAAAGCUUCUUAUCAGGUCUCGUCUCAGAAGAGAAGUUGGAAUUCAGAGAUGGAAUGUAUUUUCUCAAGAAGUAAUCAACUGGCAGUACAAGUGGCCACAUUUGAAAGUUGGUAUCACGAUAUGAACUGCAGUAGAUCCAUCUAUUUGAAAACUGUGGCCAUCUUGCGCUGGUGAGAUUUUAUUUUCAAACUUCAGGGAAUCAUUGUAUAGUUUUUUUUUGUAUAGAUUAAAUGCUCUAAUCUUACUGAAUAUUCCUUAAAGUAAACUUUAUUAUUCUUAUUUAAAAAAAAAAACUGAAAUAUGCAAAUACAAAUAUAUGUCCAAAGCUGAUAUUUGAAGCCACUAUGCUCCUUUUUUUUUUUUUUUUUUUCCCACUUAGUUUGAAGCUACUAUCCUAUUUCAAACAUUGAUGCUCUCUGGGAACUUUCCUUGUGGUUGGGAAUGUGCACAGGAAGAAACCAAUUUCAGAGUUUCUGAUUGUUAUCAGCUCUAAUAUUUUCUCCUGUUCAUAUGUGAGUUCAUGAAGACAUUGGGAUAAUCCUACUUGGGAUGCUCUGCUGAACAUUUUCCUAUUCCUGUUGCGCGUUGAAGCUGCCUCCUGUGCUUUUCCUUGCAUUAGUGGGAAGCCCGUCCUUAUAGAUUUUCAGAAGGCUACAUCCCUGCAUUCUCCUAAUGAGACAAUACUCUUGUGGCCCGCACCAUAUAGAGGCCUGUGGAUGGCCACUGUAAAAACAACCGUAUCCAUAGGAGUUCUAAUGAAUUGUUUUCCAAUAGUUUGUUUCUGUUAUUAUUAUUAUUAUUAUUAUUUCAUGAUGUUACCAUCUGGAAGAAAGCAUUUAGAUUUUGUAUUGUAAUUUUAUUAUUAGUCUGUUAGGAAAUCAAAUAAAUGAACCGAUAAAAACAA